AUGGAGCUGGCUCAGGGGCCGGUGACCUUCGAGGAGGUGGCUGUGUAUUUCUCCAGGGAAGAGGGGACUCUGCUGGACCCCACUCAGAGAGCCCUCUACAGAGAUGUCAUGCAGGGGAACUAUGAGACGAUGGUCUUGCUGGCGGAGUUUCUGGUUUUCCAACGUGAUAUGAUCUCCCAGCUGGAACAAGGGGAAGAGCCAUGGGUCCCAGAGCUCCAGGGUUCAGAGGAAAGAGAGAUCCUGAGAUCUCCCCGCACAGAUGAGGAAACAUUAAACCAACUCAGAAUCUCAGGUGAUGCAAUGACGUGUGAGGUUCAGCACAGACCAGAAAAAGAGCAGGGAAACCAGCCAGGGGAGAAAAUGGAUAAAUUUAUUUCCUGUCAGGGAACUCAGAAGGGCCUUAAGGAAACCAGAAUACAGCAGGAAAUCUGCAGGGAAAAGCAAAAAAAAUACAUGUGCUGAGUGUGGGAAAAACUUCACUUACAGAUCAGGCCUUUCUCAACAUCAGAGA